CCGCGCGCGCCGCUGUCUGCGCAGUCGCGGCCCGGGCGGCUCGGCUGCUGCGGCGCGCUCAGCGGCUGGCGGCGCGGCCGGGGAUGCUCCAGCGGGCGCGAUGGCCCCUGCCAUGCAGCCAGCCGAGAUCCAGUUUGCUCAGCGGCUGGCGUCCAACGAGAAGGGCAUCCGGGACCGGGCGGUGAAGAAGCUGCGCCAGUACAUCAGCGUGAAGACUCAGAGGGAGACAGGAGGUUUCAGUCAAGAAGAACUUCUAAAAAUAUGGAAAGGGCUCUUCUAUUGCAUGUGGGUACAGGAUGAACCCCUCCUACAGGAGGAGCUAGCGAACACUAUUUCCCAACUCAUCCAUGUUGUUAACAACUCAGAGGCUCAGCACCUGUUCAUUCAGACCUUUUGGCAAACCAUGAACCGAGAAUGGAAGGGAAUAGACAGGCUCCGCCUGGACAAAUACUACAUGCUGAUCCGGCUGGUCCUGAGGCAGUCCUUUGAAGUUCUGAAGCGAGAUGGCUGGGAAGAAAGCCGAAUCAAGCUUUUCCUAGAUGUCCUGAUGAAGGAGAUCCUGUGUCCCGAGAGUCAGUCUCCUAAUGGAGUGAGGUUCCACUUCAUCGAUAUUUAUCUGGACGAGCUCUCCAAAGUGGGCGGGAAGGAGCUUUUAGCAGAUCAGAAUCUCAAGUUUAUUGAUCCAUUCUGUAAAAUUGCCGCCAAGACUAAGGACCAGACACUGGUGCAGACUAUAGCCAGGGGCGUUUUUGAAGCCAUUGUAGACCAGUCUCCUUUUGUACCUGAAGAGACAGUGGAGGAACAGAAGACGAAAAUGGGUGACAGUCACGUCCCUGAGGAAGAGACCCCUGAAAAUGAGACGAUGUGGAGAAAAGCAGCCUGUAAAAAGAAGACAGCAAUGGGCAAGAAUCACUCCAGAAAAGACGGACUUGGUGAUGAGAGAGGAAGAGAUGACUGCAGAGCCUUGGAGGACACUGGGCCCCUUCUCCAGUUUGACUAUAAGGCUGUUGCUGAUCGACUGCUGGAAAUUACCAACAGGAAGAACAUCCCUCCUUUCAACAGGAAGCGUCUCUCCAAACUAAUCAAAAAAUUCCAAGAUCUCUCUGAAGCAGGCAGUAUAUCUCAACUUAAUUUUGCUGAGGACAUUUCUGCUGAUGAAGAUGACCAAACCCUCAGUCAAGGAAGGCAUAAGAAAAAAGGAAAUAAACUUGUAGGAAAGGCUGACUUGGAAAAGGAGAAAGGGAACACAGUCUUUGCUGCCGAGAAAGAGGGCAGUGAAGGCAGUAUUCAAAAGAGAAAAAGGAAAAAGAAGAGGAAGAACCACCCCCAGCCUGGAAACUCAGUCCCAGGCGAUGAGGUCCCAUCCCUAGAACAGAACGGCGGCUCGUCCAGCACCGGGGAGGAGAGCGGCUCAGAGCACCCCCCCUCCGUCCCCACGCACAACAGAAGGAAACGGCCGCGGAAGAAGAGUCUAAGGGCCCACAGGGAGACCUUGGCAGUGUCACCUCUGGAGGACAUGUCACAGAGUGGCCUGAGCAGCGGACACCCUCAGGCACCUGCCGCCAGAGGUCCCCCAACAGAUGGAGCCCAGGUCCUGAAAAGGAAGCGGAAACUCGGAGCCCCCCCAGCCAGUGGCAGGGGGCUGGCCACGCUGGCCUGGCCCCCCACAGGCCCAGCGGAGGCGGGGAGCAGCCAAGCCAGCCUGCCCCAGUGUGGGAGGCUGCAGAAAAAACAGGCAGAGCCCAGCAGCUGCAACCUGUACGACCUGUCCAGUCAGAAAACAGCAAUCUUAAAAAAGAGGAGGAAAAUGAAAGAGAUGUCGAACUUGGUAGAACACAACGGAGUAUUGGAACCCACGGUCAGGCAAAGCCAAGCUCUGGGAGGCAGCGGGACUAUCAGCCCUUUGAAGAAGAAGCAGCUGAGGACAGAGAACGACUUUGUGAAGUUUGACACUCCCUUCCUACCAAAGCCCCUGUUCUUCAGAAAAGCCAAGAGCAACACUGCCACCUGCUCUCCAGGUCCUGCCGUCCAGCUAAACAAGACACCGUCCAGCUCCAAGAAAGUCACCUUUGGGCUGAACAGAAAUAUGACUGCAGAAUUCAAGAAGACAGACAAGAGUCUCUUGGUCAGCCCCACGGGCCCCUCCCGAGUGGCCUUCAACCCCCAGCAGAAGCCCCUGCACGGAGUGCUGAAGACCCCCCCCAGCUCCCCUGCCAGCACUCCCCUGGUGACCAAGAAGCCGCUGACUGCCACUCCAAAGAGGAGGCCGACUGCUGUGGAUUUCUUCUGAGGACAGUAGGAGAGCCUCUUUUUAAAGACUGCUUUUGUACAGAAUAUUCUAUAAAUUAUAACUUUAAGAACAUAGGGCCUUUUUAUCAUCUUGUAAGUUCCUGUAACUUACGAGGUUCAUACGAGGUUCUGAACGUGAGCUGCUGUUUACUCAUCCCUUCCGCUGGGAGCCACAGGUGUCUCCGUGGAAUCUUCCGCUACAGACAUUGUGCUUAAGCUCUCUGGGAUUCCACAUUUUGGAAUAACUUCAGUGAUUCCCGUUAGUGUAGGAACUGAGACCUCGUAUGAAGCUGAGGAGAGCACACUGAUCUAUAACUUUCAAUAAAUUGAUUAGCACAAUUAAAGUGUGGAAUUACACUUCCUAGUCAGCUAUCAGUUUAUGCAGAACUUUGGUACUCACAACCAUGUUUGCCGUGCUGGGUUGGUUUUCCAGUUAUUUCUAGUCUAACAGUCUGUUUUCUUUUCAAAGCGUGUAGGGCUUCACCUUCGUGUCCUAUGGGUAUUUGGCAGUUUACUGAUACGGAUGAUUCUUGGAACAGAAUCAGCAAUACCAUAGUUUUUCUACGUGCACUCAGCUGGGGGAGUGGACAGGUGGGGGAGAAGAGGCUCUUGCCCUGGGGGCUUGCUCUCUUCCACCCUCAGCUCGUUCCUUCCCUGUUCUCCUACCUCUACGGCAAGCCCAAAGUGUCUUCUGGGGGCCAGCGCCCCCCUUGGCUCUCACCCGGGCCCCAGCCCUGCAUCGAGCACACUCGUUCUUCCAGGUCCUUGGGCUCCAGUUGUUCUUUCUAUAUCCAUGUCUGAGCCAAGGAGCUAAACGAUUGAUGUCCCCAAAGCAGCUUCUCCGUCCCGGGUUAGGCUCCCUCCCUUAGAGGUGUGUCCAGUGUCUGAAACCUGAGCCUUGCUGAGAGCGGAAACCGGCAGCCUUGAAGAACCAUGCAUGUGGUUUUAUCUAAAAUAUGGGACUUCUCACAGAUUUUUACAUGGUUCUUCUAAUCUAAGUUAAUUACAGAAAUUGGGAUGGAAGGUGCCCAGACUUUAGUUGGAGAAACAGAAAUGUGACUUUCUUAGAGCGGUGCUCACUCAAUAAUUGAUCUGUACCUUUUGCCUGAGAGACAGAAGACACAGACUCAGAACCAAGUGGCACCUGAGGGAAGCCACGGGGCCAGGCUCUUUCUCCGUGGCUCACACAGUUAUAGGUUCUAAGCGGAAAGAGGUCAUAGAGUGUGUAGUUUUGGCUGACAGGCGCUCAGUGCUCUCCCAGCAGCCCACUCUCUGCUGAGGGGAAUCUGGGGCCUGGAAGUGAAAGCCACCCCCCUCCCCUCGCUCUCCACCCCAUGCAGGAACCCCAAGUUUUCACUAAGACCUGGGCCAGUGCCCUUUUCUGCUACUCCCCAAGAGGGACCCCAGGUUGCUUCUGUGGUCCCAGCCAUAGCUUUGGACGGCGGAGAGGCCCGCUGGGAUUGCAGCGCUGCAGUGAUGUGACUCUGGCUUCAUGCAUUCACGGAAGCAAGGGUGGGCUCCACCUGGGAACAGGAACUGGCCUGGUGUUGGGUGGGGUGGCUGAUUGAUGAAGGCCCUGAUGGGAAGUGUUAACCUUGUUCUUUGCCUACUCUGAGAACAUUUUGUCAUACUUAGCCAUGAAAAAAGAAAUAGUUAACAUUGUGCUGUUAAAUAGUCCCUGUGAUGAGAAGUCCCAUGUACAGCAUAAGUUUGUGGUGGUGGGUGCAUGGUUUUAGUGUGCUGCAUUUGACAUGAUAUAUAAAAUCACGUUCAAAACCAAAACUGACACAACGAAAGGACUGGAUUUAAGUGAGCAAAUAUUUUUAACUUUUUUGUUUAAAAAAAAGUUUCAUUAUCCUUAGUCAAAAUAUUUUUCUAAAAAUUUUUAUUUCAGCUUUAAAGAUGAGUCGUAUAGUCAAAUGGGCCAUAUAACCCUAGAGUGUUGAGAUAUCUUACCAAGAAGACAUUUUAGGGCAAAAGUGGCACAUUUCCUCUGCAGGCUACUGCAGAGACGUUUCUUCAUGGCACUUCUAUGUCACCAUCUGUCCCGAGGUGCGGGUGAACAUGUCAAAGUCAUGCCUGUGGGGUGGUGUCCAGAGGGACAGCGUGCAUCUGUGAUUCUGUUUGUUCUCCACAUCUGUCCCAAUGACCCCUUUCUAUGGGUAAGUCAAAUAGGUUUACAGUGGUUUAUUUUUAAUGCCUAAGUUUUGGCAACAGGAAGAAAACUUUUUUAAAAUUCUCAUUAAUAUGUAUACACAAGAAUAAUAUGUCACAAAGAAAAUGUGUUUAGAAUACCAGUUUUCUAUUUGAUGCAUGUUAUUUUCCUAAAUAAAAUUGCCAAGGGGACUUGGAAGUCCAGAAAAGGAAAUAAUUUAAUGCUGGUGAUCUUGAAUAAUAGUAUUUUGUAAAAUGAUGAUCUCUCCCUUCUCCAUAGGUCUGGUCAAUUUUGUACGAUUAGGCAUCAGACUUUUAUUGCCCUUUCUAACUUUUACUGAACUGAAAGCACAAAGUAUAAAGAAAAUCUGGAAACGAUUGUGAGUAUUGGAAAGAAUAUGAAAUUGUGAGUCUGUCUUUAAUUUUUGUAUGUGUUUUCUCUGAAUUUACCUGACUGUGCUGGCAAGGACUCUGUUUACAAUCAAGCUGUGCGAGUGUCUGCAGGGUUUGCCGGUCCUCAUCAAAGCCAACUCCAUUAAAGAUCCAUGUCUUUGCCCUCA